AUGUCCCGGAGAUCGUUGGCACGCAUGGACCCUGCUGCACUUCAUGCCUGUCCUCCUCGCCCACUCUCCUUGCUCACUCCUCUUCGUCCCAGGUGCUCACUCCUCUUCGUCCCAGGUGCUCACUCCUCUUCGUCCCAGGUGCUCACCCCUCUUCGUCCCAGGUGCUCACCCCUCUUCGUCCCAGGUGCUCACCCCUCUUCGUCCCAGGUGCUCACCCCUCUUCGUCCCAGGUGCUCACCCCUCUUCGUCCCAGGUGCUCACCCCUCUUCGUCCCAGGUGCUCACCCCUCUUCGUCCCAGGUGCUCACCCCUCUUCGUCCCAGGUGCUCACCCCUCUUCGUCCCAGGUGCUCACCCCUCUUCGUCCCAGGUGCUCACCCCUCUUCGUCCCAGGUGCUCACCCCUCUUCGUCCCAGGUGCUCACCCCUCUUCGUCCCAGGUGCUCACCCCUCUUCGUCCCAGGUGCUCACCCCUCUUCGUCCCAGGUGCUCACCCCUCUUCGUCCCAGGUGCUCACUCCUCUUCGUCCCAGGUGCUCACCCCUCUUCGUCCCAGGUGCUCACCCCUCUUCGUCCCAGGUGCUCACCCCUCUUCGUCCCAGGUGCUCACCCCUCUUCGUCCCAGGUGCUCACCCCUCUUCGUCCCAGGUGCUCACCCCUCUUCGUCCCAGGUGCUCACCCCUCUUCGUCCCAGGUGCUCACCCCUCUUCGUCCCAGGUGCUCACCCCUCUUCGUCCCAGGUGCUCACCCCUCUUCGUCCCAGGUGCUCACCCCUCUUCGUCCCAGGUGCUCACCCCUCUUCGUCCCAGGUGCUCACCCCUCUUCGUCCCAGGUGCUCACCCCUCUUCGUCCCAGGUGCUCACCCCUCUUCGUCCCAGGUGCUCACCCCUCUUCGUCCCAGGUGCUCACCCCUCUUCGUCCCAGGUGCUCACCCCUCUUCGUCCCAGGUGCUCACCCCUCUUCGUCCCAGGUGCUCACCCCUCUUCGUCCCAGGUGCUCACCCCUCUUCGUCCCAGGUGCUCACCCCUCUUCGUCCCAGGUGCUCACCCCUCUUCGUCCCAGGUGCUCACCCCUCUUCGUCCCAGGUGCUCACCCCUCUUCGUCCCAGGUGCUCACCCCUCUUCGUCCCAGGUGCUCACCCCUCUUCGUCCCAGGUGCUCACCCCUCUUCGUCCCAGGUGCUCACCCCUCUUCGUCCCAGGUGCUCACCCCUCUUCGUCCCAGGUGCUCACCCCUCUUCGUCCCAGGUGCUCACUCCUCUUCGUCCCAGGUGCUCACCCCUCUUCGUCCCAGGUGCUCACCCCUCUUCGUCCCAGGUGCUCACCCCUCUUCGUCCCAGGUGCUCACCCCUCUUCGUCCCAGGUGCUCACCCCUCUUCGUCCCAGGUGCUCACCCCUCUUCGUCCCAGGUGCUCACCCCUCUUCGUCCCAGGUGCUCACCCCUCUUCGUCCCAGGUGCUCACCCCUCUUCGUCCCAGGUGCUCACCCCUCUUCGUCCCAGGUGCUCACCCCUCUUCGUCCCAGGUGCUCACCCCUCUUCGUCCCAGGUGCUCACCCCUCUUCGUCCCAGGUGCUCACCCCUCUUCGUCCCAGGUGCUCACCCCUCUUCGUCCCAGGUGCUCACCCCUCUUCGUCCCAGGUGCUCACCCCUCUUCGUCCCAGGUGCUCACCCCUCUUCGUCCCAGGUGCUCACCCCUCUUCGUCCCAGGUGCUCACCCCUCUUCGUCCCAGGUGCUCACCCCUCUUCGUCCCAGGUGCUCACCCCUCUUCGUCCCAGGUGCUCACCCCUCUUCGUCCCAGGUGCUCACCCCUCUUCGUCCCAGGUGCUCACCCCUCUUCGUCCCAGGUGCUCACCCCUCUUCGUCCCAGGUGCUCACCCCUCUUCAUCCCAGGUGCUCACCCCUCUUCGUCCCAGGUGCUCACCCCUCUUCGUCCCAGGUGCUCACCCCUCUUCGUCCCAGGUGCUCACCCCUCUUCGUCCCAGGUGCUCACCCCUCUUCGUCCCAGGUGCUCACCCCUCUUCGUCCCAGGUGCUCACAGCGCAACCCAACCACCCCAGGCACUCGUGUUUUGAGUCGACUCAAAACAACACCCAAGGCACUCUACUUUUGA